UAUUCAACCCACCCACCUACCACUGCAUGUCUGUGCCAGCAUUUCUGUCGCCGCCAUAACAAGAAUCGCAAUCCUCAGCGCCAGGACAUACCACACCAGCCUCUUUAUUCGUGACAGGACAGCGAUGCGACAGCUAACCUGCUGUCAGCUGUGCAGAAUCACGCGAUUGAGCGGGAACCUGUAGAUGCGUGCGCAAUCUAGAAGGUUUUAGGGCGUCGAAGACGAUUCUUGUUGCAGCGACUCCUUGCUUCGUGGUUUUCGCGUAUCUUAGCCUCCCGGUAGUUGUUCAUGGUAAUGGCCAGCUUUAGUUGCCACCGCUGGGACCAUGGUCCACUAACCUAAAUCAUUCUGAAUGCAUGUCAGUUAAAGCGUUUGUGCGACGGACACAAUCCCGUAGGUCGCGGUUCUAAGCUAGUACUUUCUUACCCCUUUCAAACCAUCACCGCAGUAUACUCCCACUAAUUGGAACUCACAGCUGAAACGAAAAGAUAGGUUCUUAAAAUAGGCAUGAUGAGUUCAUCUCAGGGGUCGACUCAACUCGCGAGCAGCGCGCGGAUCACCAGCUCCACGCCAGAAGAACCGACCUUCGACCGAGAGCCGACCAUUUCGCGUCGCACGUCGCUCUUCGACGUGUCGCCGCAAAACACGCGACUCCUCCGAGCUACUUCCGGCAUCAGCAGCAUCAGCAACAGCGGCGGGCAUAAGGCCGCGAACUUUUCCGGCAAGAAAGGUCGAUCAGUGAGCGCGGACAUCGACGAUACGACGGCAGGGAUUGGAUACAAUCGCGUGCAGUCGCUGCUGAUCCAACGGUCUACGGCCGCGGAAAAGCUGCAUCUGCAGAAGCAACAGCAGCAGCAGCAGCAGUCGGAGCGCCUGACGUCGCAUAUCAAUCGCACGGUAUCGCUUCUUGACGGGAAGGGCGCGCUCACUUUGCAUCAAGGGUUUACGCCGUCCAUGCUGGGCUUACAGCGGGGGGAGGUCGGGCUUUCCCCGCUAAGAUCACAGCGUCUGCAGGCACAGUCUCACCAGCAGCUGCACGAGCAGAAGAAGCAACGAGCUGCACCUCCUCGCGCGAGCGAUUUCGGCGCGUCGUCAGGGGACGACGAUGACGACGAAACCGACGAAGACGAUGACGAUGACGAUGACGACGACGAUGACGAAGACGACGACGAGCCAGAAAACGAGGCGGAUAAGUUCGGCCGGUCGAUGACGCUGGGGUGCAAGCCCAGGUUCCAGGGCACCCCGGUGAAGCCAGCUCGGGGAGUGGUGCCCGGCGCGAUCGGUCUUAAAGCCCUUGCUCUAUCCUCUGGCGACGCGUCAAUUUCAGGUAGAGUCGUUAACGCUAGCAACGCGGGCGUCAGCGCUAGUAGCGCCGUCUCUGCCGUUGCAAGUGGCAGGUACGGGAGUCCUGUGGCCAAAGGCGGUGUCGCAGCUCCUGGUGGUAACCACGGGCUCGCGAACAGGCAGACGAGCCGCGGUGACGCUGGCGAUAUGCUUUCGCGAUCGGUUACGAUUGGCGAAAUGGACUCGAAGAGGACCAUGCAGCAGGUGCAGCGGAGGGCCGCGCAGCAGCAGCGAGGGGCAGUCGGCGUGGCGGCGCUAACAGCAGCAGCCGCCGCACGCGGUGGGGGAGGGAUUAAAGGAGCAGAACUGAGAGCGGCAUCAGCAGCAGGAGCAGGAGACGCCAGGGAGGCAUUAGACGAGGGAACGGCAGGGGGAGUAGCAGCAGGGGGAGCCGUAGCAGGGGGAGCGGCGGCAGGAGCGCCGUCCCAAGGAAUGAGGCGAGCAGGCAGCGGCAGCAGGUUAGCGCAAUACCUGGAAGACCAACAGUCGGUUCUCCCGCCCGCCCAGCCAAAUCCGAUCCAGCAGCGGUCGCCUGCCAGAGGAUCCAACGAAGGACUCGGUUUACCUGCAGGAGGAGGCAUUCCCAAGAGCCCCAGGGGUUCCCUUGCCGGCCGGAAAUUGCCCGGACAGUUCCGACCCGCCAGCCCGCAGAAAUCCGCGUUACAAGGCGACGGGUCACUGGUUAACUUCAAGGGUUUGAGCCUUCGUAAGGAGGCGCCGGGGAGCGAGCCUGCGAACGCUGGGGAUUUCAACAAGUCUGUAACUACAACGGGGGAAAUGGGCUACAGGGGCCGGGCGGGGGGCGGCGUUCGUCCGCUUAACCUGGGGGGGGCUAUUGCAGAUCCGAGGUUAGCUAGCAUGCGAGGCACGGGGGGAACACACCUGUAUAGCCCCGUGGUAGAUAGUAGUGGAAAGGUACAUCUGCCACAGCUGGGAGGGAAGCCCACUGCCGUACCUCCCUACUCGCCACUGCUGCCGAGAGCACUGGCAGGUUCGGGAACAGGAAUAGGCUCGGGCGCGGGGGCAGGGGCCCAACGCCCUGCGCGGACUGUGUCUGCCAUUCCGCGGAUGGAAGGGCUUGGGCGGGCGUCUCCUGGCGCGGGGAUGUUUGUGGCGCACCCUGUGUCCUCCCCGCAGGUCCCCCAGGCGGAAGACGGGAGGGAAGGGGAGGGGGCGGAGCUCCCAAUGCUACCAGGCCCGGGGGUGGCUCAAGUUGUUCAGUGCCAGCACUGCACGCAGCUGCUGGAGAUCCCCUCAGUCCUGCCGCCCACCAGGAAAGGCGUUCACAAGCUCAGGUGCGGCAAGUGCUUGCUCCUCUCCCGCUACCGAACCUUCUCCCCUCAUCUACCGGCCUCACAGCAGCAGCAGCAAGAGGCGAGUCAGGAUUCUCAAGGGCACAUUCGCUCCUCCUCUCUUUCCGACAUGGAGUCGGCCCGGCAGUAUGCUCACUCCACAUCCACUGAACGAGUGGAAGGUGCUGUGCCAACUGCUGGGGCUGCUAAUAACGGGUCUGGCAGCUCACCAGCCACUGCUACAGGAAACCGGGGCAGGGGAGGAAGCAGCAGGAGGGGCCCUGGCGCCAGCCCUGCCAGACCUGCAGUCCACAGGCCUGGUUUGGGGCCAGGAGGUUCAGGAACAGGCUCGGGAACUGGCUCGGGAGCAGGUCCGCGCGCAGGUCCGGCGUCAGGCUCGGACGGGCUGGGGGGCAUUCAGAGGCGUGGGAGCUUUGAAUCUCUGCGCGGCAGCAGCAGCCCUGGCGUGCUGUCCCCUGCCAGCUCUGCUAUAGAAUCUUCCAGCAGUGAUUCCCCAGCAGCAAGUGGGGAGAAGAGGCCGACGUACUCUCGGUGUGUGGUGGUGAAUGGGGAGCCAAUCAGUGACGACCAGGUGGCAGAGGCAGAGCAGAGGGCAGGGCCUAUCCAGCCUGGCAACUACUGGUAUGACAAGGCAGCGGGCUUCUGGGGCCAGAUGGGAGGGCCGUGCCUGGGAAUGAUCCCGCCUGGGAUCGACUUGGGACCUGCCCUCCCUAGGAGCUGCUCCAGUGGCGACACGCGGGUGUUUGUGAACGGCAGGGAGCUGCACCGGAAAGAUCUUGACCGACUCGUGCGGCGGGGAUUGCCUCUCACCGACAACAUGGCUUAUCGAGUGGAGAUGAAUGGCAAUGUGUUCGACGGGCUCAGCGGGGAGUUCCUCGUCAGCCUUGGGAAGCUCGCUCCAUCCCUCGACAAUCGGAAUCGAGGCGCUGGGAUGAGGGUUCCAGACGCCACCAAGUAGUUACCUCCAAUGCCAACCGACAUUGUUUUACAAUUGGGGUUCGUGAGGGAUGGUGUGUGCUGGCCUACAUCUACUAGACGCAUCUCCAUGAGAUUUGGUUGAUUGUGUAUCUCCAAAAAAGGAAGGUAUUGAUUGGGAUAACAUCGAGUGCAUUUAUAAGUGUUAUGCAUUUGCACUUAGCAUGGGGAUCGUGAGGGUGCCUGCUGGUCUACACCCACUAGACGCAUCUCCUUGAGCUUUGAUUGAUUGUGUAUCUCCAAAAUAUGAACAGACUGAUUGGGGCUUGAAGGCCAACACCAAGUGCAUUUGGAAUUUUUGUGGGGAUGGUUCAAUGCUACUUC